AUGAACCUCACCAAGAUUCUCGGAGGAAUGUUCUUCUUCACUUUGGUGCUUUCCAGCUAUUCUGAGCAAAACCAAGUGAAUGUCCUGUGCUCAACAGAUUGGUUCAUGGUCACCGUUCACCCCUUCUUGCUGAAUAAUGACGUCUAUGUACACUUUCAUGAGGUGCACUUGGGUCUAGGGUGUCCUCCCAACCACGUUCAUCCACACUUCUACCAGUUCACCUACCGCGUUACCGAAUGUGGCAUCCGCAUCAAGGCUGUCUCUCCAGAUGUCGUUAUCUACAGCUCUGAGAUUCACUAUGCGUCCAAAAGUUCGUCAUCUAGAUAUGUGAUCCCUGUGUCGUGUGCUGCUCCUCGACGGUCCCCUUGGCUCACUAAGCCCUACUCCGUGAAAUCAGACAGUGAGAACAUGGCCAAGACCCAGAAGGAUGCCGGGACCCAGAAGAAUGGGACCAGCUACCCGAUCUUCAGCUUGCCAGAGCCUAGCCAACAGUCUAACUCCAGCUGCCCAUCUUAUGCCUUCAAGCAAGAGAGCAUGUAA